AUCACGCAAGUUUAGCGAUGGCUGUACUGUGGGUCGUCGUUUUGUGGGUGUUACCAAUGAUAUGGGGUUCUGGUUUAGAAUCGAAUACCGUCAAUAAUUAUGGUAUCUACGGUGGGCAUGAGAUCCCUAUCGAAGAUGCCCCCUAUAUGGUGGGAGUAUACGCCAGUACUUUCCUGUAUUGGGUGUUCAGAUUCAAAUGCGGAGGUUCUAUUAUUCAUGAGAAGUUUGUUUUGACGGCUGCUCAUUGUGCUGUGGAUUUUUUAUCCGUGAAAGUAUCCAUCGGAUCAGACCACUUGGACCAAGGGGACUUCAUAAAUGUGGACGCAAGAAUAACUCGAACUGACUAUGACGACUCCAAACUCUUUGGUGACAUUUGUCUGUUAAAACUGGUCAAAUCUAUACAGUUUGGGCCUAGGAUGGCUGCGGUGAAAAUACCUGAUGAGGGAUUCGAGCUGGAUGCUUUUACCAUGGUCAAUGUGACCGGGUGGGGGAAAACUGAAAAGAGUUCUAUGGCAGCAACGACCCUUCGCCAAGUAACUAUACAAGUGUUGCCAGAAUGGUACUGCCCCCUGAACACCGUUAUAUGUGCCGGGACCAAAGGCGAGGGAACCUGCAAUGGUGACAGCGGAGGGCCCUUAGUCUACAACAAUAUCCUGAUCGGUCUAGUCUCAUAUCGUCGGCAGGAGAACUGCGCUGGGCCUUAUGGCACCGUGUACACUAGAGUGGCCAGAUAUUCUGAAUGGAUCAAAAGUCAUUUACCUUAAAAUGGUUUGUUUAAAAGUCAAUAAAGUAUGUAGA